CUUCAAAAUGGUCAAAUUAUGAACACAUCUUCCAAAGCCGAGAGCCACUUUUCUUUCUUUUUCGAUGACCGUGAGUUUUCACACUUUAGCAAAAGCAUCUGAAGACCGAGAAAAGGCUUCCUGCUCUUGGUGGCGUAGCUAAACUCGAACUUCCUGUCAUCAAGCUGUAGCUAGAGGCAGUCUCUUUUGGUAUGUGUCAUUACUCAUGCUUGCUUGACUUGAAACCACAGGCGAGGUUCAGGGUUUGGGGAACAAGUCCAGGAAGCUGCAGCAGCAGAUAAGGCAGACAAACGGCUGUCCUCCAAAGGUGGCUGCACCCACCCUAACUCCUGACCAUGGCAGGUGUCCUUGGUUUGAAGAUCUUGCUCCUCUUGGGUGGGAUCAUCUCUUUGGUCAACUGCGACGACCCUGUAGAUAAACCCAAAGAUGAUCAAUCAGGUCCUAUUGCAGGGAAUCCUACAGAGAAUUCGAUGACCCCCUCACCUCCACGCACUGAGGCAGCAGCUCCUGCCACAGUCUCCCCCUCUUUCACAUCUUCACCCAAGUUGCAAGGGAACCCUUCAGAUUCCUCUUUUCCUACAGCUAAUUUAGCCACCAUCUUUGUCUCCUCACCUCCACGCACCUCCAGUAAACCUCCAACUAUAAAAACAAGUCCAUCUAACUCCACCUUACCUCCACGCACUGAGGCAGCAACUACUGCCAAAACUAACACCACCACUGUCCUCACAGCUUCUGCCACCUUGCAAAGCCUCCUCUCGUAUUCAGCCAGCACCUCUGACACCUCAAUCACAACCAAACCCACACUCAGGCCAUCCUCUCAGUCUAACAGCACUCAGAACCAGACCUUACCUACAGUCACCCAGAACAGCAUCACAACCACAGCCCCAGUGACUGCAGCACCCCCUGACUGUUUCUACGACAUCACACAGAUCAAGUUUGGCCUCCAGAUUCAGAUGAAUAAUACCAUGAAUAACUACUCCAUUUCUGUAACUGAUCGAAACCAUUCCAAAAGUCAGUCCUGCAAUUCAAACACAACCUGUAACAUCACGGGUCUAAAGCCCUGUACUGAAUAUACAGUCACUGUAUUUGACCUUAAUGGUAAUAAAAUCUGUAAGAAUAAUGAAAACAAAACUACCACACAAGCUGCUGAUGAUAGGGACAUUGAAGUCACCAAAGAAAUCCCUGGAUAUGUUUGUUACCGAAGUAGUUGGAACAUUAGCCCUUUCCUGUCAAGACAAGCCAGAAAUGAGACUAAGAUACAUAAUGGAUCAAUCUGUUUGGAACUGAAUGAUGACGACUUUUGCUCAGAUUUCACUGUGGAGUUCAGCCGAAACAGCUGUAAAAACUUCAGCAUCACCAAAAACAUCACAAUUGAUUUCAUAAAUCGAGAUCGGAUAAAUCAGACUGAAACCAAAACACUUCCUGCAAAGAUUGAGGCAAAGUUACCUCCAAAGUGUAAAAACCUAACAGUUGAGUACACCUGUUCAGAAAUAGGAAAAAAUGAAAGCCAUGUAAAUCUGUCUGAUCUGGAACCAUACACUAACUACAGCUGCACUGGAAAGAUCGAUGCCUUCGAACUUCUAGCUGUCAACUUUAGUAUUGACUGUGGUUUUCAAAUCAAGGGGGAAAGCACAUCAAAUAACGAAUCCAUUAGUAUGAACUGGACAUUUACUAAUACGAGCUGUAAAAUUCCUCCCAUAAAUCUUUCCUAUAAUUGUUCCUGCAAAAGAACCGAAGAAAUUGAUGAACGGGUUGUAAAGAUUGAAAAAUGUCAGAUUGAUCGACUGGUACCGUUUAGCAGUUAUACUUGUGAAGUUCAACCAAUGUACAAUGGCAAGAAAGUUCCUGGACACUGGAGGGACACUGUAAAAACAAAGGCUGGAGUCCCGUCAAAAGUUAAAAAUUUACACCUUAAUGUUAAGGAGAAUAACAUCAUUGAAGUCAAAUGUGAUGCGGGAGAACAUUGGCGUGGACCACAGAAGAAGUUCAAAGCACGACUUAGUUCUGGAGAGAAUAAACCACCCAGCCCAACGUGUACAUUUACAUUCAAAGAUUUGAGUUACUCCACAACCUACAAAGUAGAGGUGACCGCCUACAAUGGAGAGCAUGAGAGCCCCGCUGAGACGGACACAAUUGACACUUUUUAUAAUGACAAAGCUGUUAUUGGAUUUCUGGUCUUCCUCAUCAUCGUCACUUCUGUCGCUCUUCUUCUGGUCGUCUACAAAAUUUAUGUUUUGAAACGGAAAAAUUCACAUGACAUGGGUGAGAGCAUGAGCCUGAUUCCAACAGGAAGUGAUGAAGAAAGCUUGCUGCCAGUCGAUCCAAUUGCCGCCGAGGUCCUGCUGGAAACCUACAAGAGGAAGCUUGCUGAUGAGGGACGACUUUUCCUGGAAGAGUUUCAGAGCAUUCCAAGGAUUUUCUCAAGAUACACUGUAAAAGAAGCCAAAAAGAAUUGCAAUGCCCCCAAGAAUCGCUAUGUGGACAUCCUUCCAUACGAUCAUAACCGUGUUCAUCUGAGCACAGGAAACGGAGAACCAGGAUGUGACUAUAUCAACGCCAGCUUCAUUGAUGGGUACAAAGAACCGAAAAAGUACAUUGCAGCUCAAGGACCAAAGGAUGAAACAGUGUUGGACUUUUGGAGGAUGGUUUGGGAGCAGCAGUCCUCCAUCAUUGUCAUGGUGACACGCUGUGAGGAGGGAAACAGGAUCAAAUGUGCUCAGUACUGGCCCUCUCCAGACCGAGAGACUGAGAUCUAUGAGGAGUUUAUUGUUAAACUCACCUCAGAAAAAGAAUUUCCAGAUUACACCAUCCGCCAUCUGUCCCUGACUAAUAAAAGAGAGAAGAACUCAGAGAGGGAAGUGACUCACAUCCAGUUCAUCAGCUGGCCAGAUCAUGGCGUCCCAGGAGAGCCGCAGCUCCUCCUGAAACUGAGACGGCGCGUCAAUGCCUUCAAGAAUUUGUUCAGUGGUCCCAUUGUUGUUCACUGCAGUGCUGGAGUUGGCAGGACAGGUACGUACAUCGGCAUCGACGCCAUGAUGGAGGGUCUGGAGGCGGAAGGCAGAGUGGACAUCUACGGUUAUGUUGUCAGACUGCGCAGACAGAGAUGUCUCAUGGUUCAAGUUGAGGCACAGUACAUCCUGAUCCACCAGGCCCUGCUGGAGCACAACCAGUUUGGAGAAACAGAGAUCAGUCUGUCAGAGCUGCACAGCACACUGAGCACGCUCACACAAGGCGCCCCGGACUCUGAAUCCACCUUAAUGGAAGAGGAGUUUGAGAGACUUCCCUCCUUUAAAACCUGGAGGACAUGCAACACAGGAGUCACGGAGGAAAACAAAGCAAAGAACCGCUGUGCAUCUGUGAUUCCAUACGACUACAACCGAGUGCUACUGAGGCUAGAUGAAGGGCGGAGCCAUGACAGCGCCCCUGACGAUGAUGAAGAGGAAGAGUCAUCAGACGAAGAGGAAGAUGAUUCAGCUAAAUACAUCAAUGCCUCUUACAUGGAUGGCUACUGGGACCAAAACGCUUUCAUCGUGGCACAGACCCCCCUCCCAGAUACCGUGAAUGACUUCUGGCAGAUGAUUUACCAGCAGAAAGUGCCAAACAUUGUCAUGCUUUCAGAGUGUGAAAAGGAUGAUAAGGAUUGUAUGUACUGGGAUGAAGACAAAAAGACUUUUGGAUACUUUGAGGUGGAAGUUACAAACACAGAAACCUUUCCAGCCUUCAUCUCUCGCACCAUGAAAAUUUACCACAUUAAGAAGGCGGAGACUCGGCAGGUGAAUCAUUUCCAGUUCCUGAAGUGGGAAAAAGAGCUUCCAGAGAAACCUCAAGACCUCACAGACAUGAUCAAGCACAUUAGGAGCAACUGUGGCAAUGGGAAAUUACAAAAGGGCAUGCCUGUUUUAGCCCACUGCAAUGAUGGCUCCACCCGUUCAGGGGUGUUCUGCGCUCUGUGGAACUUGCUUGAUAAUGCUGAGACUGAGAAGCUCGUAGAUGUUUUCCAGGUGGUCAAAACUCUGCGUAAAGAGAGACAAAAAAUGAUCUCCAGCCUGGAACAGUACACGUUUCUGUAUAGUGCUUUGGAGAGUACUUAUCCCGUCCAGAACGGAGAUGUGAAGCCAGUCCAGGCCGCUGGGGGCGCCAGCGUUCAGAUCGUCAAUGAAACCAAAGCGGAAAAGCAGCCCAGCGAAAAAGCUGAACGACCUGCCAGCACUACCAGUGAUAACCAGCAGGUGGCAGCAGAAAGCAGCCCUGUGGAGGUUGAAGCAGUGAAGGAAGACAGAAAAGAGGAGCCUUCCAAUGGUCCCACAGAGACAGCCCCCCCAGCGGAGGACAACAGUAACGGUCCCACUGUGAAUGUGGAGGUCUAACGUGCAUUUUUUUUUACUUUUUUUUGAGGAAAACACACUUGCUUUAAAUUUAUGCUUUCUUAAGUUCCUUCAUGAAUGUAAAAAAAAAAAAACAUUGUAAAGCUUUCAUAGUUUAACAGUUUGUUCAUCUAUUUUAAUAGAAUGUAAGUAUGGAUUUCAUUUUAAAAGAUGUAAUCUCAUAUUUAUGCAGUUUUCCAAAACAAAAAUCUAAACAUAUAUAAGUUAUAAAUAGUUUUUGAAAAUACAAAGCUCAAAUUUUAUUUUUGUUUACCGAAAGGCUGUUGUCAAACUAGGGACCUUGGAUUUAUUUUACAGUUUAAAAAAAUGUUCAAAACCUAACUUUCUGAUACAGUACACAAGAGUGUUUCAUAUGCAAGUCUUAUUUACUGCUGAUUUGAGUUUUUCUAAUGUUUUCCGGCUUACUUCUGUACACACAUGCAACGGUCUGCAUUUUUAUAUAUCAGCUAAAUCAAAAUAAUUGAGUUAUGUACCACAUUCAUUAUGCUCUUCUGUGUCUUUUCAUUAAAAAGAAAUACAACAUGUG